GAGGAGCGCCGCGCGACAUUCCAAAAGUCAGUGCAGGAACAAAGGGGCGUGUGUUUUGCUGGAGUCUCACGGCAGCGGUGGUUGAGCAACGAUUCCAGAUAAGGAUAGCGGAAAGGGACUCCCCCCCCCCCAACCCCCAAAAAGGGCAGAGUGCUUAUGAAAGGAGCGGGGCACUUUGUUUUCACUAGUAAUCCCAUCAGCUGGACACCGGACGCCUCAGGGGUACAAGGAGAGUGGACAACGGAAUCAAAGAGGUGCGGCACAGGUGGCCCGCUCCAGAGUGAUUCUAAGCACCGUUUGGUCUGGCCUCAUCUAUGGUUCGAGUGAUAUUGCCAGACCUCCACAUGAUGAAAACCUUGUGAAACCUACGUAGAAGGGGGAUGCCCAACCGUUAUUUAAAAGCCAUUCAGCAGUAUGAAGUCUCAGCAUUCCAUGAUCUAUCCAGAAAGGAUAUCGCUGCCUUGCAUUGGACAGAUGGAUCAGUCACAAAACAAUCUGGACUUGAUUAGACUUGCAUGUACCAUGAGUCACCUUGAACAAGCAGGCUGGUACUGGGGUUCUAUGACGGCAACAGAAGCUAAACAGCUCUUGCAUGAAGCUUCAGAAGGAACAUUCCUUAUGCGGGACAGCUCAAGUCCAGAUUGCCUGUUGACGUUGUCUGUGAAAACCAGUGUUGGCCCCACCCAUAUUCGAAUUCAGUAUGAUGAGGGUAAGUUUGGCUUCGACUCUGCACUCCUGGCCAAACCAAAGCUAAAGCAUUUUGAGUAUGUGGUCGGCCUGGUGCAGUUCUAUGCUCUUGUCUGCCAGAACUUGAAUAAUAACCCUCAGAUGGAAAGGUCUGUUUCAAAAGCACCAUCUAUCCAGCUGAAACUGACUAAACCACUGUAUACCUGCAUUCCAUCACUACAGCACUUAUGUAGGAUUGUGAUUAACAAAAGAACAAGAAGCGUACGGGAGCUCCCACUGGCCCCCGGCUUGAAGGAGUACUUGCUGAAAUAUCCUUUCCUCAUGUGAUGAUGCAUACGUUACAGAGACUGGACAAUAGGAGUUCUUUUUGCUUGUACUGUUUGCAUGAAUUUUUACUGUAUAAAGUCAGUUAAAUUCCAAACUUGAAACAUUGCUAUGAUUACUGUAUUGCUAAACAUACUGAUUUUUUUAUGCACUUUGUUCAAUUUUUUUGUACAUUCUUAAAUUACUGGUCACUGCAGCUCUUCCAUCAAUUAUUGCUAUUUUAACUUCACUUGGUGCUGUUUCGUUCCCUUCUUUCUAAAGAAUAUGAGGCAGCUAACAUUUAGGUAUGCUGUAGUAAUGUCACUGCCUUCUCUCAUGGAAGGUGACCAGUCUUCUGUCCUUGUGCCUGUGAUGUAGUUGCACAGUUUGUUUUUGUUGGCACUGUGGGCAGUAUGGUUGGAAGUAAAAUUAACAAAAGUGCAAAGAGCUGCAGCCAGAGGAAGGUCACUCAGGUGUACCCCAGGCAGUGCUGUUCCGCAGAGGAACCUGGGGCUUAAAUGGUAGAGGAUGGACCAUGUGGACUGCUGUGCUGGGGUUAGAUUGGUAGCCAAUGCCUUGUUUCUGCUGACGGUAGGCCACAGAGCACACACUGACCAUGUAGCAGUAAAUGGUCCAGUAUGGUACAACCAGGUCUGCGGUCAUAAAUGGAAAGGGUAGUAGCAAAGAGGAAUUUUCUUGUUGUAGACCCCCCCCCCCCCAGUGUGCACACCCAUCCGUUUACUGAAUUGCAUGUUGUAUAACACAUUGCUGUUCGAGGGUUAUGGGUAAAAAAAUACAGGGACUCCAAACCAUGACCUACAUCGAGAGGCUGAAAGCCCUGUUACUUUAGUCUGUAUCUUAAUAGGUUGCUGAGAGGCCGUCGACUUGUGCCUAGCCUAUAGGACAAUCUCCAACCCUGCCGUAAUGGAAAUGCUGCACAUCAACAAGUCAAAUGGCACAAGAGUCACUCGCUCUAGGGAUCUUGGCCUAGCCUGUGACAUUAACAGAACAUGCAGUAGAGACAUAUAUCUCCCAG